AUGCUUUUCAACAAAUUCACUCCUUUGGCAGUCUCUGUCUUGAGCUACUUAGGCCAAGCUGCUGCCUCCUCCGACGACUUCCCAACGAUCGAGGUUGUUGGAAACAAGUUCUUCUACUCCAACAACGGCUCCCAGUUCUACAUCAGAGGUGUCGCUUACCAGAAGGACGUUUCCUCUAAUGACAACACCAGUUUCGUCGAUCCUCUAGCCGACGAAGAAACCUGUAAGAGAGAUAUCCCUUACUUGACCGAACUUAACACAAAUGUCCUCAGAGUCUACGCUCUGGACGCUGAAGCUGACCAUGACGCUUGUAUGGACUUGCUCAAGGACGCAGGCAUCUAUGUCAUUGCCGACUUGGCCGAACCAACCCUGGCCAUCUCUUCUAUCAGCCCUGAGUGGGACUUGAAGUUAUACGAAAGAUACACCUCUGUCAUCGACAUGAUGCAAGGUUACGAUAACGUUCUUGGUUUCUUCGCCGGUAACGAGGUCAUCACCAACUCUACCGACACCAACGCUGCUCCAUUCGUCAAGGCCGCCAUCAGAGACAUGAAGGCAUACAUCUCCGACAAGGGGUACAGAGAUAUUCCUGUUGGUUACUCUGCCAACGAUGACGCCCACACCAGAAUCCCAUCUGCAGACUACUUUGCCUGCGGUGACAACGACAUCAAGGCCGACUUCUAUGGUAUCAACAUGUACGAAUGGUGUGGUAACGCUAACUUCAAAAGUUCUGGUUUCCAAGACAGAACCCAGGAAUUCUCAAACAUGACUAUCCCAGUCUUCUUCUCUGAAUACGGUUGUAACGAAGUUCAACCAAGAAAGUUCACUGAAAUUGGAACCAUCUUUUCUGACGAAAUGACCGAUGUCUGGUCUGGUGGUAUUGUUUACAUGUACUACCAGGAAGUUAACAACUAUGGUUUAGUGUCUGUUGUUGACAACGACACAGUUUCCACCAUGGCUGACUUCAAGUACUAUUCCUCUGAGAUAAACAACAUCAACCCAACCAGCGCCAAGACCUCCGACAUCUCGACUUCUGCCAAGAUCAUGUCUUGUCCUACUGGCUUUGCUUCCUACUGGAAGGCUGCCACCAACUUGCCACCAACUCCAAAUGACAGUGUCUGUGACUGUAUGGCCAACUCCUUGUCUUGUGUUGUUGCUGACGACGUUGAUGAUGACGAUUAUGAGGACUUGUUCAGUUACGUCUGCGCAAACAUUGACUGCGAUGGUAUUAAUGCCAACGGUGCAAAGGGUAAAUAUGGUGCUUACUCCUUCUGCUCCUCUAAGGACAAGUUGUCUUUCGUUUUGGACUUGUACUACAAGGCACAAAACAAGAACAAGUCUGCCUGUGACUUCUCUGGCUCUGCCACCGUUGUCACCGGUACCACCCCAUCUUCCUGUAAGUCUGUCAUCUCAGCUGCUGGCCAAUCCGGUUUAGGAUCCGCUGUCGGUGCCUCUGGUGCCACUUCCGCCACUUCCACUGACGCAGACUCCACCACUUCCAAGGAUACCAAGACCAAGACGUCCUCCGCCAAGAAGGCAGACAAGACCUCUGAGGCCGAGAAGGGUGUCGACUCUUCGUCCUCCUCAUCCAAGGUUUCCUCCAUCUCCUCUUCCAGCAAGGCUGACGCCGGCGUUGUCCGUUCCUCUUCCGCAAUGGGACUUUUCGGUCUUGUUGCAGCUUUGUUGCUAUAA